AUGUCGGCCAGCAAGAAUCCGGGAGCAUCGCUCCCAGAAGACGACUUCGAGUUCAUCGAGACUCCCGCUGCACCCUCUACUUCGCCUGAUACCCAGGAAUAUGGCGUGCGGACGACUUCGUACCCAGCGAUUAAGAACGCUCCCCUUCCCGCCGAUGGCCCAGCGAGCGACACUUUCAACACCCUCUUCCUCUUCACCCUGCUCGCCGGUAUUCCUGGCUAUUUCGCAUGGCAGGUCGGCGGUGGUCUCUACACAUGGAUCUUCUUCGCCCUCCUCACCGCCAUCCCAAUCCUCAUGGCCUUCUGGACCAUCGCCUCCAGCAUGUCUCCACGCCUGAAUGAGAAAGCCCGCUACCCAGGCAGACCCAUUGAGCACUACUUCAAGUUCAAGAGAGAGGAAGAUCGCAGGAAGUACCGAGGCAAGAAUAAAAUUCCCAUGGAGACUUUCCACGAGAUGUACUUUGACGGCUUGGUGGAUUUCAAUGGCGAUGCAUUGGAGGUUAUGGAGUACAGACAUGACUGGGCCAACUUCCGCUUCACGCUCUCCCUAUUCUGGUUCUUCCUCACUGGCAUGAUGCCAGAGGUGAUUAUGCACACUCGCUCGCAGGAUGAAGAACAGGUUCGUGACCACUACGAUCGUGGUGACGAUUUCUACGGCUGGUUCUUGGGUCCUCGUAUGAUCUACACCUCUGGUGUCAUUUCCGACAUCAACAAGGAGGAGAGUCUCGAGCAGCUGCAGGACAACAAGCUUUCGAUUGUCUGCGAGAAGAUCGGCCUCAAGCCAGGCGAGAAAAUGCUCGAUAUCGGCUGCGGUUGGGGCACACUCGCUAAAUUCGCCUCUGUCAACUAUGGUGCACACGCAACUGGUGUAACUCUCGGGCGCAACCAGACUGCAUGGGGUAACGCUGGUCUCCGCAAGGCUGGCAUUCCUGAGGAGCAGAGCAAGAUUCUCUGCAUGGACUACCGCGACAUCCCCAAGCCAGAAGGCGGCUGGAACAAGAUCACCUGCUUGGAGAUGGCCGAGCACGUUGGUGUGAGGUACUUCAGCACGUUCUUGCGUCAAGUCUACGAUAUGCUCGAGGAUGAUGGUGUCUUUUUCCUGCAGAUUGCUGGUCUUCGUAAGAGCUGGCAGUACGAGGAUCUCAUUUGGGGUCUCUUCAUGAACAAGUACAUCUUCCCUGGUGCUGACGCUUCUACUCCUCUUGGCUUUUUCGUGGAUUCUCUUGAAGGUGCCGGAUUCGAAGUGAAGGCUAUCGACACGAUCGGUGUGCAUUACUCUGCUACCCUCUGGAGAUGGUACAGGAACUGGAUGGCCAACAAGGACAAGGUUGUCGCCAAAUAUGGCGACCGAUGGUUCCGGAUUUGGGAGUACUUCCUCGCCUACAGUGUCAUCACCUCUCGCCAAGGUGGUGCGACGUGCUACCAGAUCACGCUCGUCAAGAACAUCAACUCGACGCACCGUGUUGAGGGCAUUCCGACCCAGUUCGCUCUCAAGGGUGCUCUUGAGGCUAGCAAGGCUGCUGGCAAGUCGUCAUUCCCAGUGACGAAGUAG